GGCCUUCGAAAUAAACAACGUGCCUUCAUCUGUGCUAUCGCAGUUGUCGUAGUGCAUGUGCGGAACACAUCCAUGCUCGGGAGAGAUUUAUAACUGCAUGCAUAACAAGUUGCUUGAAGCCCACAGCUCCAGACAUAGACCACGAUGUGGAGCCUGUGAACUAAACUCGUCUAUAAUUGGUGAAGCCCCGAGCAGCCGGUCACUACUGGGAUAGCUCUUGCGCGGUCGUUGAGGUCUCCGGGUUACCCCGGCUCAGACACAAUGCGAUGUGUCAGCUGCCGACUUUGUGGUAGUCCUGCUGUAUGCCGACACGGUUUUCUACGGCGUUCCUCUUUUUCUUUUCUACUGGUCGACGUUUUUUAUGGCUUCCCCAGGUCAGGUUUGAUCAUCUGUCAGCGAUUUGGCUGCUUGCACGCAGCCAUUACUGAGCCAAUGGCGAAGGGCAUGUUCGAAGCUCUCGCACACCGAUUCACUCCGCGAUAGGAAAGCGGCGAAAUAGUUUCAGCUCGCUCUGCUCUCGGCGGACGGGCAGGAUCGUUCGCCCUGCACCGCCUCAGUGGUCAGGGACGGCACGGAUCGUGCAUGGUAGUAAACAAACUCUUUUCAGUCACACGACGAUGUCAGCCCCGCUGUGUGUGUGUGUGUGUGUGUGUGCACGGUUAUUUCCUCACCACCACAAGUGUUGAAAGAAAAGUAGGAAAUCUGUUGGCCUAAAGGAGUGGAUACCCUUGUAAACAGCAGGCCUGCUUUGACGAUUCAGCUUAAGGAAAAAUCUCCCCUGACUGACUCAGCUACCCCUGAGGCAUGUUGUGUUAAAGAAACACCUAUGCAGGUGGAUCCUACACUAAUGAAUGUAGGGGAUGGAGGCACGGUGAGCAGAGAGAUCAGUGCUCCAAAUAAAGCGUCUGCUAGUAUGGUGGGAAAUCCCCCCCAGACGCUACCCCUUGAGUUCAGAGGAGAUGUUACCCUCAGUCAGCAAAACAAGACCACUCCAACAACAGACUGUAAGACAGCAAAAGCCUGCCUGGACACUAGCAAUUACAACCACAGCCCUGAGCUUUCUCCACCUCAGCAGCCCAACAAUGCACCAAUGUCCGGCUCAGCCCUCACCAGCUCAGAGAAGAGAGCAGACAAAAGGGUAGAAGCAUCCAAACUCAAGGCUGAUGGUGCUGGGGUCUUCCCGACUCCUCAGUGGUCAAGUGGUGUAAAAGUCAGCCGAGAGGACCCACUCAACCCCUGUCACAGCAAUGUGACAUCCAGUAAGAAAUCACACCCACAAACACAAUCUGUGCAAAGCGCUCCACCUGGGUUUCAAUGCUCCACUAUGUUUAAACCAGUCCAGCCUGUUGCCUUCCUUCCUUCCACUAAUUUCUCCUCUCAACUUUGUAAAAUCACUCUUCCACCAGCACUGGGUCAGAUUGCAGCAUUGAGGGAAGCCACAGCCAGUCAGUUUCAGAAAGAAAUUCAGCCUCAAAGCUCAGGUGUCGGAGGGACACCACUCAUGCGAACCUAUCCCUAUCCGUUCUCCAUGGGCCGGACUCCAGCUACAGAGAAAAAAGCAGCCACGUCGACCUCAAAACUUAAAUCUAGCCAUUCAUCUAAUAAGAAUGCCAAGUCUGUGGGAGAGCAUAAAUCUUUAGCCUCAGUGGUAGCCUCACCAGCUAUUGCUCUACCAUUGCAGCACCCAUCAUUAACUUCUGCAGCACCCACCUGCUAUACGCUGUCUCCCACUGCUGCCAUUUGCUGUGGUUCUGCACUGGCCAGCAUCAACUCUCAGAGCAGAUUGCUGAACCAUGUGGAAAAAGGCAACAGCGUAGACAAGACAACCACGGGCUCUCUUAAAACGACUUCUCCCUCUGCUCCAGAGGACCACACAGUUUGUUCUGCUGAACCAAGAGAUGUACCACUUGAUCUGUCCGCUAAAUCAAAACGUCCAAAAUGCACAAGUGACCCUCCCGUUACAAUGAUUGAGACUCAUCAUAAUGAGUCAAAUCAGAGAGAUUUUCUAAACUCGAAGAGGAGUCAUUCGGCAACUUACAGCUCAGCUGUGCAGUACCCUAUCUUACCAAACACUCACAGAAAUGGAUCUCAUCAAAAGCAAAUAAAUAGGCCUCAGAAUCACCAGAUCCCAGAGCCCAAACCAACCUGGGGUAAGGGAUCUUCACAAGACCCCAUUAAAAGCAUCCCUGGAACAUAUGUAGGUGUGGCUAGCCCCAUACUGGCCUCUACUCUACGGGGCAAAGAUGGAAAAGGGACUUUUGCCGAUGAAUUUCAGAGUUUCGCAAAACAGGAGUUUAUAUCAAUAAUUGACCAAGGAGAACAUCUGGCCUCAGGAGGAAAGAAGCCAUCCUGUCUGAUGAAGGGCAACCAACAUUCUCACAGCAUCAAACAUGUUAAAAACACCAGCACAGCCAUAACUAAGAACUGUCCUUCUAAAGGAGCGCUCACAACUGCUCUGUCAAGCUGUGCCAAUGCUCAGAUUCAUCAGAAAUCCGGACCUGGCAAAGCCACCGUUGUCAAUCCAGCAUGGCAACAGCCGUCUCAUCUUCCGCACCAAGCCUUGGCUGUUCAGGGAAAAAUCACACAAGGAUCUCCAAAGACCAAGGGUGCCCCAGUGACAGAAGGAUCUAAGUUUCAGAAUACCCACCACAGCCCGUCCAAACCUGAGGAUGAUAAGUGGGAGAGAAUCAAGUCUCCCCUGUCUAAUCUUGCGUCCAUUGUAAAGCAGCAAGCUCUCGAAACAACAGCACUGACUGGUGAGGGUAAUACUCAGUCCUCACCUGUUACAUCAAGAAAAGCUGAAGUUCUGAAUCCACUCACAGGGAGCCAAGACACCCAAUCUAAGCAUACGCCUGCUUUUAAAUACCCACCAUACUGGUCUUUGGAAAAGUGGGCUGGCACGCCAUCUCAAGGGGACUCAGCUCAAACUAUGAGGAGGCACGAGAAGGUGAAUGCCACAGAGCCUUCAGAGAAUAAUACUGAAUUAAACACCAGUCCGGGAGAACACAUGGGACUACAAAUGAAGCAGGGCUCCACAAAUCCUGCCGGCCAGUCUUAUCUCUUUAGGAGCAAUGCAUCAACAAAUGGAAACAGGGUGGAGAGCAAACUAGCCCAGGUGUUAGAGGGGGAGAUAUUGAAGAAAGAAAGUGGGGCAUCAGACAGUCCUCCCAGUGACAAAUUGGAUAGCACGGUUGCGUCUAUUCUUACGGGCCAGCGUGCGGGUGGAGGCGACAAGUUUGAGAAGAAAACGAACGGAACCAAAGAGGAAUCGCCAGCCAAAGCAAAAGCUGCUGCCAUCAAACAAAAGAAAACCAGCCCGAAGAAGGCAGCGAAGGAAAAGUCAGCGACUGGCCCAUCGAAGAAGGCUACGGGAAAGAAGAAAGGCACAGAAAACAAUCCGACCAAAGUGUCUUGCCAAAAGAAGCAGAAGAAACAAUGUGCACCUGUGCUGGAGCAGAGUCCAUCAGCAGGAAAACUUUCUGCACAGAGUAAAGAGCCGAUUCCAAGGGACAAGAUCAGUCCCAGUAAGGUGGAGCAACCAACCCGUGACAAACCAGUUACAGAUAGUGGCAGCAGCACUCAGAGUGUGGAGACUCCAGUCUCUCUCAAUAGCUGUGCCGUAUCCAGUAAAGAGCCCGACACUACAGAGAGCUCCUUCCCAAGACUGAGGAGAGGACGACGGCGAGCUGAUGAGGCACGACUGGACCUCUGGGGCUUUGCAACGCCUUCCCCUCCACCCCCACCAACGCCUCCCCCACCAGCCUCCCUGCCACCCACUGCCCAACCCGCCCGCCGUCCGAGGGGGAGGCCUCGCUCAAACCCCCUGCCAGAGCGAAUGAUUCAGGGCAAGGGCAAGACGGUCAGUGCAGACGGUGAGACACCCGCUCAUAAGAAACGCAGACGAUGUUGUAGCAGAAAGUACCAGACUGGGGAGUACAUCACUGAGAAAGACAAGCUGGAAGAUGGAGGGCGCCUUGAGGAAUCUGACUCCCUGAGACAGGACAGUGGAAUACCAGCAGAUCCACAGGUGGAUCAGUGUCCGAGCCGCACUGCCUCCAGUCCAGAUCCUGCUCCACGGAGACCCUCUGUCACUCGCUCGGGGUCGGUCCGCUACCAGGGCAGCGAGAUAUCUCCAGAGCACAGUGACAAGCCUUCAGGGAAGAGAAAGUUCAAAAGCAAGCACCUAUGUGACAGUGACGAUCAGAAGAUCAAGACUAAACGCAGCAGCUUGGGAAAGCGUGGUGCGUCACUUGCGCUGGAUGAUGAUGGUUCCGAUGUAAAAAGAACAGCCAGCCCCCCACCCACUCCAAAAACUUUGCCGUCAUCUCCUCCCAAUAAGAAAGGCUUAUCGGGAAGAAGCAGCGAUUCAGAGUCUCCACCCAAAAGGCCCAUUCCCCCGGAGGUUCGUCGGCUGAUUGUCAAUAAAAAUGCAGGCGAGACCUUGCUGCAGCGUGCUGCUCGAUUGGGCUAUCAGGAUGUAGUCCAGUACUGUCUUGAGAAGGACAUCAGGGAGGUCAAUCGGCGUGAUAAUGCCGGUUACACAGCUCUCCACGAGGCGUCCUCUCGAGGCUGGACUCAGAUUGUCCAGAUGUUACUGAAACACGGCGCUGACGUCAACUGUAGCGCCCAGGAUGGAACACGGCCCCUUCAUGAUGCAGUAGCGAGUGAUAACCUCCCAAUAGUCUGGUUGCUUUUGAACCACGGUGCAGACCCGACUCUGGCCACCUACUCUGGGCACACACCAGUCAAACUGGCUCAUAGCCCGAGCAUGAAGACCUUCCUCACAGAAUAUUUCACCGACCUGGAAGGCCGCAAGGAACAAGACCCCAGUUUACACUGGGAUUUCUACAGCAGCUCCCUCUUUGAGACCGACCAGGAGCCGUGCUGGGACUUCCUGCUGUCUGAGCAGAAUCAGGAACUGGAGGAGAAUACAACAGGGAAUACUGAGCCGGACUCGGACAAAGAUUGCCUUCUGUUUGAGUUCUCAUCCGAGCCUCUCUUACCCUGCUAUCAUGUUCAGGUGUCCUUAUCCCAGGGCUUUUGCAACUGGUUCCUCCUCACAGACGUCCUGAAGCGCCUGAAGAUGUCGGCGCGGAUCUUCCGGGCGCGUUACCCACACUUGGAGGUGGUGAGCUUGUCGCGCUCUGAGCUCUGGAGGCAGGUAUCGGUCAGCCAGGUGAGCUCCACGUUGGCUUCGCCCUACAGAGGGAAGAACAAGGAGGAGGAAGACGAGAAAGAGGAGGGACUUGUGGAUCUGGUGCGAUGCGUACCAGAGCUCCAGAGACUACUGGGCUCCACUAUUCACAUCCUACAAGAGGAGGAGGAGGAGGAGGAGGAGGACGAGGAGGAUGAGGAAGAGGAGGAGGAGAUGGUGAGAAACACAGGGAAGCCUCGCAGCCGAUAGCCUCUCUGUCGCCGCACUCCUCCAACGUGCAAACUGUUGUCGUUUUCAAGUGUCAGCCCAAGUCCUUCCCUGCGCUCAGCGGCUCAAACGAAACCUCUCCGUCCAUUGUAACGAGGGUCGUGGGUUUUGACUCCAGCUCCAGUAAUGACUUGACACUCCAUCUAUAACCUUUGACCUCAGACAGAAGGUGAUUAAAUGAUCACGAGGACCUGCACAUGGGAGUGGUGGGUGCUGGAAAGCAGCUUUCAGGUUCCUAUCUAUAGGUAUAUUUGAAUACAUGAGAACUAUUGAGCAAGCUUUUUUUAUUGAUUAUGUAUGUACAUGUAGUGUAUAUGUAUAUCUUGCCAUCAGGGUUAACAUUUGGAUAGAUAAAUGUAUUCUUGUGGCAAAGGACGGAUUAUAUUCAGGACUUUUUCGUUUGAGUUUGUUCCUGAGGGAAAGCGCUAUUUUUCGAUGGGAGAUAAUCCAAGGCUUUUAUCUUGGUGAACUCUUGCAUAACGCUAAGACGCUUAAGUCAGGGAGGCCAGUGGCCCAGAUGGUUUCUCUGUCAACCUGGGAGACCCGGAGACCUGCAGAGGAGAGACCACGGCACAUAAUAUUCAAACAUAAUCACCCUCUCACAUGAGAGCCUCAUUUCCUUUUACCUCCUGUGUUUCAUUUCAUUCACUUUCAACAUCCGUGGGAGAAAAUCAGUGGACAGAGCUAAUAGCUUACGAUGUUUGUUUCUCCUCCGCAUUUCACAGAGUAAGCCAGGGCAGCUCUGAGCUGUCAAAGUCCCUGCUCAUAGUAUGAAAUAGUAAGUUUUGUUUGUUUGUUUGUUUGUUUUGGACCUUGAGAGUUUGUUUACAGAAAUGGACAGAUGGCAGUGGUGUUCUCCACUCCCCGGGUUUACUCCUCCUGAACCGAUACAGAAUCCUGUGGAUCUUGUUCAGAGGAAAAUCAGUACCAUCUCUGGAGUCCAGAGCCUGCUCCUGUGUCCGAGGAGCAGAGACGCCCGAUUAACUGCAGCAGCGACUGUCCCCCUACGUCCCAGUAUGGUGUUUCCGGAUCCUAGAGUGCUUUGUGUUGCAGUGUUUUCUUUACACUGUUUGUUGUGCUUAAUUUAAUAGUCAUUAAUAUAUUUGACCUCUUGUAUAUCUGACAAGCCUAUCUAUGGAAAAAAAAAUGCUUUGUAUGGUUGGUGCUUCAUUUUGAAAUGUACUUAUUAGGAUCCCUUUAUUCUGAUAUUUUCCUCCCUCAUUCAAAAACAGUAUUUCAAAAAAGCUAAAGUACAGUUUUAUUGUACUGGUGCUAAGACAGAUUUUUGUGUUGACAAUCAAUGAUGUCUUGGUUUGAAGUCACAAACUAAUAAAAGAUAUUUAAAAUGAAGAGACUUAAGGUGUAAAGAAAAGUAUAGUUUAGUUAAAGAAAACGGGACACAGCAAGACUGAAAGACUGAGCAGUGUGAGAGAUCUUGAAGAGCCUUUUAUUUGAUUCUUUUAUAAGAAAUCAACAAGAAUAAAGCAUGAUUGUGAAUCCUA